AGAAUUACUCAUCUUUGUGGGUGUGCAUGACAGGCCUGUGAUGGCUUUUCACACACAGCAAUAGUUUGCCUGCUUGUAAAGGGAAGAAGAUAAGAAUUUGCAUAAUACGCCUGGGAUGAAAUGAGGCACACAUGAGACAAAGUCCUCACAGCAGGACGACGUUUCAAAGGGAUUAAAUGCACUGUGGAGACCGCAUGAUUCGUCAUGAUCUUCUACAGAAUGGAUCAAAUGCUCAUCUGGGUUCUUGUCAUCGUGAUGGCGGCAGCAGAGGUGCAGGAAAAACUCUCACCCGAGUGUAAACAGUUCCUGUACAUGGGCACACUGCCUCGAGGGCUCGAGGAGCAGCCUUUAAAAAAGAUCUGCCAGGUCUAUAGGGGCAGCCCACGAUUUGUCACCCUGUACGACACCACCAGCCACAUCCCGGUUUAUUCUGCGUACACCUUCAAGCGUUCGGACGGCUUCAAGAAGGUCGAUGUGCCGUGGAUGUAUGAGCCACAGCUGUCUACAGUGUCUGAGUCAGGCGAGAUGCAACAGUUCCCUUCAGAAAAUGUCCACAAGAGCUUUGAGGAUGCUCAGGCCGUGCUUGAUGACUACUCUGACAGUGUAAUGUUUGAACGUGGUCAGCUGAACCCAGACGAGCACCAGGCCGACCCUGACGACAAAGCAUCCACUUACACCCUGACGAACGUGGUCCCCCAGGUCCGAGAGUUCAACAUCGGUCCCUGGAAACACCACGAGCACACCAUCCGCAGGAGGCUCAACAACUACUGCCGUGGCACCGCCUAUGUGGUCACUGGGAUCACCACCUCCGGGCACACAAUCCGACGCCACAACAUCAACCGCCUGGGCAUCCCCACCUACCUCUGGUCGGCCUACUGCUGCACCGAUUUUGACCACAAUGCACCGUAUUCUGAGCGCUCAAAGUUUCCUGCAUUUGCAGCUCAUGGGCUCAACGACAGGGAGGAUAACAAGGUUCAGGAGAUGACGGUGCAGCAGCUGGAGGACUUCCUGAAGAGGGUAACUUAUGUCAGCAGCUCUUUCCAGAUCUUCUAUGACAAUUGCGUGCCUCCUAAUAGUGCUAAUAGUGCCCUACACCUACCUUGAGAAGAUGGAGAUUGGUCCUUCUGAUUUAGUAUAGAUUGAUAUUUACACUAGUGUCAAUAAUAUUUAACAAUUAACAGCUAAAAAAAAGAAUCAUUUUAAUUAACAUAUACUUUAAUUUAUUCUGAAUUUUGCAGUUUUCUGGGGUACAUAAAACUUGUUGCUCACAUGUUUCAACUUGAUUUACAUUAUCCAAUUUACAGUUUUGCAUAGAAUUGCUCUAUGGCACCAUGUUUGCGGAUUAAAAUGUUAGUCACACAACUACUACUCCGACUUUUGUUAUGAUUGGACUGAUCUUUACUUAUUUUACCCAGUAUUAACUCAGUGUAGCAAAAUAAUCUCAGUUAAAAGGUCAAUUUACAAGCUUUUCUGAGCUCCGGUCACCAAAGAAUAUCUGAGGCAUGGGUGGAUUAUGAGACAACGGGCCUCUAGGCACAGAUGAAAAAGGGCUCCACCACCUUUCCUACAUAUAAGCAAGACACACAGGCUUUGUGGUGCUUUUGCCUCUUACGUUGUUGUUGUUGUUGUAUUUUGUCUCUUUAGCCUCUUUUACACUGCCUGUUCAAGGUUGGAAUAUCAUGCCGUUAUGUCGUCUCACAGUGAUGUACGUAUGAUGUAGGUUUGAUAGUGGAAUGGGGUGACAGAAUUGUCUCGGCUUUAAGCUGCAAAGGGAGGUCGUAACAGCACCAAAACAGUGUCUGUAUAACAGCAGCCAGCAGGAAGUGACCCUGGGCAGGAUAGGUGUGAUGUUCUGACAACAUUUUAUGCGUGCCACCCAUUGCCAGGAUAUUUAAAAGGUAGCUGCUAGCAGUUAGCAGCUAACUAGACACUCAGACUUUGUGGUGGUUUUGUGUCUUUUUGUAGUCAUUAUGCCUAUUUUUGGUGAUUUUGCCUUCCUUGGUGGUCAUUUUGUGUCUCCUUGUGGUAGUUUCAUGUCUUUUUGUAGCUGUUUGGGCCUUUUUGAUGUAAUUUUGUUUCUCCUUGUGUUUGGUUUGUGCCUUUUUUUUGGUUGUUUUGCCUGUUUUGUAGUUAUUUGGUGUCUCUUUGGAGCUCCUCUACAUCUCUUUGUGGUCAUUUUGAGAAUCUUCUUGGUUGAUAUGUGUUGAUUUGGGUGACAUUUUGCAAGAUAAGGCCACAUUAAGUCCCUCAGCCUGUGCCAUGUAGGCCCAUUCAGUAAUCCAUCCAUGAUCUGAAGAUGUAGUUGAAAGCUAAAAAAAAAAAUAUUUGAAGCCUUAAGCAUUCAUUUUAUUACAUAUACUGUCCGAAAUGGUAAAGACUGAUCCCUUAUAGUGUUGUCAAAAAUACAUAUUUAUUAAUACACAUCGAUUCGGAAUAUUUGAAACGAUUUCAAUAUUCAUUACCCGCAGUAUCAAAACAUCAGUACUAGUUGUACUUCGCCAAUCUUUUUUUAUUGUUAAUGUUUACUGCAGUCAUUCUGCUGACCUACAAGAUGUUGUUGUCAUGUUAUACCCUUGUUAUAUUUAUCUUUUAAUUUUUUUACCCUCAAUGUCAAUUCUUUCCUGUGAUAUCACAAAUGGUAAUAAAUAUCGAUAUUUUGAGAUAUUAUAUUGUUAGUUAGAAAAAUCAGCACUUUGUAACUUAAGUACAUUUUAAAACUUUACAAAUUCCCCAAUAUUAAUUACAACUUUAAUUAUGUUGUAUUUGAUGAGUCAUUAACCAGCUUUUGCUUUGCAUAAACUCACGAUGAAAAACCCAUAACCCUACAUGGUUGUACUCUCCUUCCACUUUAUCUCAUGUUAACUUAUCCACUUAAUGACUGUGAGCUACACCUGCCUCUGCAGGCCUUUUGUUCAGCACAGACUGAUUAGACCAACAGUUUUACAUUUUCACACACAGCCUCCACUACUGAGCACUUAUGAAGAGACACCCAGGACAAAUUCAGGACAAACUGAGCCAAAUUCUUAUUUUGCAUUUUAGUUUUUUGAUCGUAUACAUCAAGUGUGAAGAUUAAUUUCAACAUUUGAAGGGACAAAUAUGAAACCGGAAGGUUUUGGGUCGGCCCACAGGAAAUUUUGAGCAUCAAACACUUAAUUUCCUGCAUUCUGGUAUUUUUUUCUACACCAAAUUAAGAUGGAAAUGUAUUUAAUUUAAUCAAAAAUUAAAGUCCUCUGCAUUUUCAAUGGAUGACAAAUGCAUGUUCUAAAUAUUGAGUGGGAACAUGUGCCAUGCAUCCCCCUCCAAAAUCUACACCUAUGCUAUACAUAAUAUAUAAAGAAUAUUCACACAUACAAGUAGAGAGUUUUAACUUGUCAAUGAAUAAUAUGAAUUUGUGUUUCCCUGCUAAUCAUCAUAGAAAACAUAAAUAACUUGCAUUUCUUUCAGUGUCAUCUCUGAAUUUUUUGUAAUAAUGCUCAAACUGUGCUAUUAAAUGUGAACUACAAAACCAAAAUUAAGAUUAAAUAAAGUGGAAUAUAUAAAUAAAAAUGAUAAUCUUUCUUCCCUUUUGUGACUUUGUGCAUAAGUAUUAUCUGUCAGACUCUGGUCGACCUCUUUGGUUCAGCUGGUCACAGCUGCUAUAAACAGCAUCAAAACAUAAAAAAACAGGAAAAUGAUCCAAAACUGGGAGGGCAGACACAGCCCCAGGGUGACUGAUGUGAUUAGUAACCGCAUUUAGUGUGAGAGGAGAGCUGCAUCCUGCCAGCUGGCUGAGGCCACAGAGCCAGAUGGUCAGCUCCACUGUUUUGAACAGCAGCAGACUGAAAAGAGCCCAAAAUACAUUUCACAUCCUUAAUUGGAUGCACUCCUCGCUUUGACGGCCAGCAGAGGGAGACAGUGUUUAUGUAAUGUUUAUGUAGAAAAGACAAAACUGGAACAAUCUUCUGUUUUGAUUAACAUAAAGAUGGAAAGAGGUGUCUUCAUUUCAUUCAUCAAAAAACCCUUAUGCAAAUAAAACAGCAGGAUAUUGACAAUACCUGUGUCGUAAUAAAAGACAAUCACAGAGGGACUAUAAACUCAACAUUUUUAAUUUCUCCAAGUGUUUUUUUUUCCUUAAUUCACUCAUUCAGGUCAAAGUUAAAAAAAAAUUCAUAUUUCUGUGCAAAGAGGUCAUGCUGAGCACCCUGUGCAUGACACAGCAGCACCCUGAAUGCACAGUCUAUUUUAAUCAUUGUCAAAGUUUGCUGAAUCAUUGCAGCACAGAAAAACUUUAGAGCAAGUAAAAACCUUCUUAAAAAAAAAAAAAAAAAAAAAAAGUU